GCUCGCCGAAAAUCCUUUCUCAACUCCCCACCGAUGAACGUUCGUAUAUCCUUUCCUGGGAGAAACCAAGCGAAACUGCGCUCACCCCAGUACUGUAUUACGCUCUACGGUACAGGAUUGUUGGAGAGUCAAAAUGGACGAAUGUGAAUGAAAUAUUUGCCAGAGAAACGCAGACCAUAUAUAGUCAUGAAUUGGAGUCUCUUCAAUGGGAUGUGAGGUAUGAGGUCGAGAUCUACGCGGGCUCAAGUCAAGGUGUUGGCAGACCAGCUACAGCAAUUAUUCCUGGUCCGAAAAGUAAGUAGAGAUAUUGGAAGCACGAUGCAUAAAGAUGCAUAGUAGUGAAGAUGCAUAGUUGUAUGUGAGAGGAGUACUUCCAAUUUGACUCUACCAAACACUGCAGGUGCUCCAGACUGGACUUCUAGGAAGAACAAUUUAGAACUGAUAGAGCUAUCCAGUAUAAAGUUAGUCUAGUUUAGGUUUCCUCCUGUAGUAACACUGAAUCAUUAAGAGAUGAUCCUUAUUGGACCUCUAGGAAGAACAGUUUAGAACUGAUACAGCUAUCCAGUAUAAAUAAAGUUAGUUUAGUUUAGGUUUCCUCUUGUAGUAACACUGGAUCAAUAAAAGAUGAUCCUUACUGGACCUCUAGGAAGAACAGUUUAGAAUUGAUAGAGCUAUCCAGUAUAAAUAAAGUUAGUUUAGUUUAGGUUUCCUCCUGUAGUAACACUGAAUCAAUAAGAGAUGAUCCUUACUGGACCUCUAGGAAGAACAGUUUAGAAUUGAUAGAGCUAUCCAGUAUAAAUAAAGUUAGUUUAGUUUAGGUUUCCUCCUGUAGCAACACUGAAUCAAUAAGAGAUGAUCCUUACUGGACCUCUAGGAAGAACAGUUUAGAACUGAUAGAGCUAUCCAGUAUAAAUAAAGUUAUUUUAGUUUAGGUUUCCUCCUGUAGUAACACUGGAUCAAUAAGAGAUGAUCCUUACUUGACCUCUAGGAAGAACAGUUUAGAACUGAUAGAGCUAUCCAGUGUAAAUAAAGUCGUUUAAUUUAGGUUUCCACAUGUAGUAACACUGGAUCAAUAAGAGAUGAUCCUUACUGGACCUCUAGGAAGAACAGUUUAGAACUGAUAGAGCUGUCCAGUGUGAGUGAAGUUCGUUUAGGUUUCCUGUAGUUUGCUGUACCAAUAAGGAAUCUGGUAGUCAGGGGAGAACAGUUUAGAAUAUGGUAAAAUUUUAACUGGUUUUGUAUUCUAGUUGGAUAUCCUGAGAUAGUUCCCUCUAAAGAAGAGAUUACAGUUGUGGAAGACGAUCCGUUCUUUCUGAGCUGCGAGGUUCGCGGUGAACCACGUCCAUCAGUAUCUUGGACUCUGAAUGGGAAAACAAUUUCUCAAGGAAAUAUCUUCAUCCAACAGGAACGUCUUCGCGUGAAUAGUUCAAACUCUGAAGUACAGGGUGUUUAUAGAUGUGUGGCUAACAACACGUGGGGAACUGUGAUGAGCAGUCGUAUUCAAGUCAAUGUUUUAGGUAUACAACUUUUUCAUUCUUCUGUUUCUUUAACUUUACUUACUAGGAGUCCAAUGUUGUUAACAUUUUACAGUAAGCUAAUGCUGUUUAUGUCUUCGUCAUACCCUCAUUCUCAGCUUGUUGUAGAAUAUACUACUUACAUGGAGUGACUGGACCACGUUUGAGAUAUAUUUUUCAAGUAGUUCAGAUACAAACCACGACAGCUUAUUGUAGAAUACUACCUACAUUGGACCAUCUUGAGAUAUCGUUUUCAGAUAGUUCAGACACUAACCACGACAGCUUAUUGUAGAAUACUAUCUACACUGGACCAUCUUGAGAUAUUGUUUUCAGAUAGUUCAGACACAAACCACGACAGUUUAUUGUAGAAUACUACCUACACUGGACCGCCACGUUUGAGACAUCUUUUUCAGGUAGUUCAGACACAAACCACGACAGUUUAUUGUAGAAUACUACCUACACUGGACCACCACGUUUGAGACAUCUUUUUCAGGUAGUUCAGACACAAACCACGACAGUUUAUUGUAGAAUACUACCUACACUGGACCAUCUUGAGAUAUCUUUUUCAGAUAGUUCAGACACUAACCACGGCAACUUAUUGUAUUCACUGUAUUUUAACUUCUUCUAGCACGGGUGAGAUUCACCAUUUUACUCGACCCACAUACGUCGAGACCAAUCACAAUGUAUGUGAAAAUUGGAAAGCCAGCAACUUUCAGAUGCUACCCUCACAUGCCUAGGGUGAUUCCUGGUGCAUUUUACAAAUGGGGAAACCGUUACAAAAACUCAAGCGAAGAUUUCAACAUAAAAACGAGCGAGCGAGUGUGGAUAACUACCGAGGGAACGCUUGUAUUCAGUGUUUUUAAACAAGAGGAUGUUGAUCUCUUCAAUAAGAAAGGAAUCCGAUGUAUUAUUGAGCAAAAAACAAUGUCUGGACGGAUAGCUCAGAAAGUGAUGUCUAAUGUUUUCAGAGUUGCUGUAAAAAGUAAGUGCGAGGCUAAACCUUGUUAACCUGGCCAGCUCCACAUAAACCGCCCCUAAGAGUUACUAAUUUUAGAUUUGUUUGUUAAUACAGAAGAUAGCGGGAAGCAAGCCAGACACUGGUUUGUAUUUCAGGAUAAACCUCCUGAGACAAUCACUUUACUGCGUGGCGAAAAUCUGGAGUUACAUUGCUCAGCAAUCAGUAAUCCACGGUAGGUUCAAACACGAGCUGGACGUCUUUACCUUAGUUGGUUAAAGCACUGCAACAGACUAUCGCAGGUUCGCUUACGAUUAAUUAACAUUUGUAUAGCGCAAAUAUGAUCAAAUGCGCUUUACAUGAAGUAUUACGCUUACCUAAGUAUACUUAGUUUAGACUAUUUUAUCUGUUAUCGUUCCAUGUUUCGCGCACCAAUAUAAGUUAGGGUUAGGGGUUAGGUAUUAGGGUUAGGGGUUAGGGUUAGGUUUAAGGUUAGGGAUAGGGUUAGGGUAUGUAUAUACGUGUAGGAGGUAUUCAGUCAACUUUUCAGUACACUAUAAUAUUCAUUACAUAACGUUUACUAUAUUGGUGCGCGAAAGAUGGAACGAUUACCAUUUUAUCUUUACAACAAUUGUGAUAUGUGAUAUUUCUUAAUUAACUAUGUUUAUCCAUAGUUAGUAGAAAAUAAACAUGGUUUGGAAGCUUGACAAAAGUCGUUCUAUGUUUUUGUCCAAGUUUAUCAGGAAAUUUGUGCACUCAGACAAUGAGGCGAUUACCCAAUAAAAACCUUAGUUUCAAUCGCUGAACCGUAGUAUUUGAAUAUUAAUAAACGCAAGACAAAAGAUGUGUGCACUCGGAGUUACAUUUCAACAUCAGUUGAAGUUUGAAUAGGAAAUCCUUUGAAGUUUACCGGCCUUCCUAACCAUGUCUAUUUCUAUUAACUAUGGUUUAUCCUAACCCACUCUGUCAAGAGAGUCUAUACUUGCAUUUUUCGCAACUUCUCCUGGUUAGGGCGUAAAAAAUUACCUGUGGUUCCGGUUUCAUAUCGUGAAACAAUUAGGGUCAGUAGGUCGGAAAUAAUUUUUUUUUUAAUAUAUUUUUCAUGGUUUUGGCGGUUUUUUGCUGGGCGAUUUGCAGUAGAGUCCCGACAUCAAUAUUAACUAGAGAUGCGUAUUUCCUAUGGACGAAUUUAGGCAAUUUGGUUCAAUAAUUAGUGUGACAACAGACGCCAUUUUGGCACGCUGUAUCAAUCACAAUGUAAAAAUCACACUCGUAAUUUCCAUCUACAAAAGUCUUGUACUGCCCUGUUACGCUCUGCUUGAAACCCAGCAAUUUAAUUCCAUGUUGUUUUGUCUAGAGGAAACAUAAUAAUCGAAUGGGGUAUUGAUACGGGAAAGAUCAAACGAUUUCCAAAUGGUAUCAAAGUGACUAGUUUUAGUCGUGUUUUAAAAUAUGACAACGUACAGAAAUCAGAUUCUGGCAAAAUCACGUGUAAGGCGUUUAAAUUGAAUGAGCUUGGGAACUACAAGAAUGACGUCAUCACCACUAUUACAAUCUUGAAAGGUAAGACAGACAUGAAUGUGGUGGUCCAGUGUAAGAAUACUUCAAUAUGCUGCUCAUUCUUAGCUUAUUGUAGAAUACUACCUACAUUAGACCACCUUGAGAUAUCUUUUUCAGAUAGUAUAUUACUAUAUUGUAGCGACGGAGCUUAUUGUAGAAUACUACCUACAUUAGACCACCUUGAGAUAUCUUUUUCAGAUAGUAUAUUACUAUAUUGUAGCGACGGAGCUUAUUGUAGAAUACUACCUACAUUAGACCACCUUGAGAUAUCUUUUCCAGAUAGUAUAUUACUAUAUUGUAGCGACGGAGCUUAUUGUAGAAUACUACCUACAUUAGACCACCUUGAGAUAUCUUUUUCAGAUAGUAUAUUACUAUAUUGUAGCGACGGAGCUUAUUGUAGAAUACUACCUACAUUAGACCACCUUGAGAUAUCUUUUUCAGACAGUAUAUUACUAUUGUAGACGUAGCUUAUUGUAGAAUACUACCUGCAGACAUGAAUGUGGUGGUCCAGUGUGGCUAGUAUUCUACAAUAUAGGCUGCCGUGGCUUGCAUAACAGGACAUAAUAUUUCUGUUUCUGCAUGGGCAUAAUAUUUUUGUUCCUGGGAUCCUAACUUUUUGGGGUCAAAGUUUUCUGUCGAGCUCACUAAUACUCUAACUAAUAAAUUAUUGUCUGUGUCUGUUAGCAUAAGCAAUGCCCUGGGAUCCAGGAGUUGCAAACCUUUUUACUGGAAGUAACAUUCUGGAUUAUUUGUAGUUUUGGACAGACCUGGAGAUGUUUAUGAAAAUCUACCGAGAAAAAUUUCUGUCUACAGUUCAUCAACACUCCAACUUGGUCCACGUUACUCAGAUAUUCCUGCUUUUUGGUAUAUUAAUGGAAAGCGUUUGACUAACAAGUAAGCAUUGCUUGCAAGAAUUAGUUCACUGUUAAUAGCGUUUUAAAUUAAUAAAUGUAUGUUAAAAAUAAAAUGCUAGAAAAGUUUUUUUUAUACAGGAAACCAUACCUGGAGCUUAACAGCAAGCAUUUUAGAUUAACGACAAGAAACAGUGGUUUCGUUCAAGCUGAUGUUAUUUUUGGAACGAUAUCGUAUACUGCUUCAGUCUUUGUCCAGUUUAUUGGUAAGUAGAAGGAAGACAUAAUCAAUGAAUUGCUCUAUAUCAGUUCUAAACUAUUCUCCUUAGAAGUCCAGUAAUGAUUUCCUUUAUUGGUCCAUGCAGUGUUACUACAGGAAGGAACCAAAGUUUCAAGAGGAAAUUAGCUAGAGGAAAUGUGCGGUGUUUGGUAGAGUCAACUACACACGUAAAAAUCUCACAACUUGUCAACAAGAUGUGUUCGCAACCGGCUUGUAGCAAGCUUGUAACAAUAUUGUCAUUUUAUCAAGUUGCCACAAGGUUGUCACUCACAACUUGUUGAUAAGUUGUUGAAUUGCAGGACGAUAACAAGUUGUUGGAACAAUGUGUAUAACAAGUCUGUUGAGCUCAACAACCUUGCAGCAAGUUGUCAACAAGCUGGGAACAAGCAGUGCGAACACAUCCUGUUGACAAGUUGUUGGAACAGCAUUGCUACAAGUUUGUUGCAGCUUUGUUACAACUUGUGCGUUUUUACGUGUGUAGAAACACUCGUCUCGCAUGUGACGGUGUUAAAAUUGCUAUCUGACAACUGUAUCUUGCAGAAGUUGAACCCCAGUUACAGAUGUGAAAGAUAUUUGUCUACUCAUGGAUAAUAAAAUAAAUGGAUAGGAAACUUGCUGACGUGACCUAAUGUUUUCAAUGGGCUGAUGGCGUGAUUGGAUGUUGAAACCUAGUUGCAAACCAAAUUCUCAAAAACGGCAUGUUUGGCAAUAAUACAGCUAAACAUUUUAGUCAAAGAGCAAAUGAAUAUAACUACGCCAUUCUACGAUGAAAUCUCUAAGUAUUCCCAGUCAAUUUUAGCAAAUAUUUCAAGCACUAAACAGUGAAAAAGGCAUCCCAAAUUUCGUUAAAAUUGGGGACGCCAAUUUCGUAGCUACAAAUGUAAAAAAAUGCAAAACAAAGACGAAAAACAUUUACCUUGAAUACUUUAUCGUGGCUUAGGCAUGUUUUUAAAACAAUUAGACCAGUAUAUGCUUCAAUAUUACUCUUUUAAAGCGGAAAGUAUAGCGAAACAACAAGAAUGCCGAGAACUUUGCAAUACGCGUGACGUCACAGAUUGCAACUAGGUUGUUUUUGCUUACGUCAGCUAGAGUCCUAUCCAUUUAUUUUAUUAUCCAUGAUCUACUGUAACCACUGUAACCUCCUUAAAAACUGCUCAACAUCGUUUUAAAUCUCAAUGCUAUAAUUUAAACGUAAAUUCUUUUCUGUUUUUAAAGACGAUGAUAUACAAGAAGAAACUAUUCCAGCAAGAUCUGAUAUUCACGUUCACUGCGUCCCACCUGCAACGUACUCCUUGCCUGACAUCAGUUUAGAACUCUCAGCAUUCUGUGGCGCAAAUAUUGUUAAUAAUACCAUCACCAUUACACGAGAAACAGCCUGGAGACAUGAUAUAUGUAGUUGUAAGGCUCAUGGUUACUCCUAUUCAGUCGAGAGAAAAUUUGACUUGGAAUUCGAUGGUGCAAGUAAGAUUUUAAACUAAACUAACUUUAUUUAUACUGAAUAGCUCUGACAGUUUUAAACUGUUAAAUGAAAAUUCUCGGCAUGUCGAGCAAAGAUCUUCGUCAGUGUUAGCAGGAAAAUUAUUUUCUUUAGUGUUCUCAAUUGAUGAUAGAUGGGAGUGGUCGCAUUGGUCCCCCUGGUCAGACUGUCCAAAUAUGCAGGAGCUCUGUGGCCAGAAUUUAUUCACAUCUCGGCGCAGGACAUGCAAAAAGCCAACUUCUUCCCUUGAUGGAGAAUAUUGCAGUGGAAGCAAUAAGCAAAAACAACAAUGUCCUUUUAUACCUUGUCCGAAGAAAGGUAAGCUAUAUUUUCCCUAUUUUUGUUGUAAAAUUUCAAUUCCGAGAACUAGAUUAAAAUGCGAGAAAUUGGUCCGAAUUUGAAGGUUUGAAAUGACAUCUCAUUCGAAUAAAUCACUUCUUAGAGUGAGGUGAAUUAAUUUUGAUCCAGUCCUAGGAUUGAAUCAAUAUACUUCAUCAGGUGUCCACUAUUAUCAUGUGAGCAAAAUAAAGCAGUAUGGUUGGCUAAUUUACUCAUGAAUUAUUAAUGAGUUUGAGAUCUAUUUUUACCAAUUACAAUAUGGGGUACAUUGCGGAACCACGAAAUAAUCUAAGCAUAACACAACGUAAUCCAUAAUAACAUUGCACCAUCUAGCGCCAUCUUAUUUCUCUCAAUCACUAGCUACCAGUUUCUGGGCUCCAUGGUCGAAAUGGUCCCACUGUUCAAACCCGUGUGGUCCUGGGACCCAGUCUCGAGGCAGGAUGUGUAUAGCACCCUCACAGGGUCCAUGUCCUGAGGGAGAGUGGCAUGAGGCGAAGAAAUGUGUUGGCUCUGUCUGCUAUACUGGUAAACUACACAAACUUUAUUUAUACUCCAGUUUCCUAGAAAUCCAGAAAGCCUUAUCCCAUUAGUUGUCAGUGUUGAGGCUACAAUCUUGGACCUAACUGGUUGAGACUAUUUUCCCCCUAUAGAAAAUUCGCGUAUUUUUAUGAAAAACUCCAUGUUGAAUCAUGUUGCCAUUCUUAAACCCCCGCUCCCCCAACUCAAUGUUGAGCUUGUAUCAUGGUAUAUUACCAAAAGUUGUUUCGGCGUUGUUCACAACAUUGAACUGGGGCGAGGGGGAGACAAAGUUUGUUUCGUCAAUGUUCAAUAACUUUGUAAUAUUAGCUGGAAUGGUCUCAGGGGUUUUGUCCAAGAUUGUAGUUUCCACUCAGGAAAAUUAUCCGUGGAUUGGAACGGACAAGAAAAUUUUUCUUUGUCUUGUGAGCUUUGGGUUGGAACUGCUGACUCUAACACAAAGAAAAAUUUUCUUGUCCGUUCCAAUCCACGGAUAAUUUUCCUGAGUGAAAACUAGCCUUUACUGACUUAUAUUGGAGAGGUCCAGUAAGGAGGACCAGGUCUUCUUGAUCCAGUGUUACUACAGGAGGAAACCUAAACCUAACUAAACUGUAUCAUCACUGCAUGACAUAUUCUCUUCUCCCAAGAAAACUGGGGCGAGUGGUCAAAGUGGAGUGAAUGCUCAAAAUCAUGUGGCAUUGGAACGCGCAUGCGUCGACGACAGUGUCCUGGACAGCGGUGUUUAGGGAGGUCCAAAGAUCAUAAACAUUGCCAGAAGUCAUGCCAACCCUCGGAGGAGUCCGUGGCAAACGAAAUAUAUUCAAAAGGAAUACUGUAUCUUCCUAAUACAGUCGCUUUUGGUAGUGCCAUAUUUUUAAUUGUUCUUGCCAUAUCCAUGGCUAUCCAUAACUGUCGCAAGUAAGUGUGUUUGUUGCUGAUCUCAAAUUGAAACUGGAUAGUGCAAUCUAUCGUUCCUUUGUAAAAUGAAGUCAGUUAAACAUUGUUAGACAAUAGAAAUUCGCCAAUUACUUUGGAGCUAGAUGUUCGGGAAAAUAUUACUUAGUUAUUCUUAAACUUUGCAUAUAGGGAAGAUGACACACAAUGUUUAUUCCUGUAGGAAAUGUUUAAAGAGAUCCAACCACAAACGUUUGCUACAAGAUCUCUUCAAUAAAGCAGAUUCGGAUGUGGAAAGACAGCCUCUCCUUGAGACGGAUACACAAACGCCCCCGGCGAAGAAACGAACACCUUCAGGAAAGCAGGAAAACAUGGCGACACGCACGCAACCUAAAAAUAUCGCACGUUUUAAACACAAAACUAAUUCGAAAUCCAAGAAGCGGUCAGCCGGGAAAGAAAGUUCCAGCUCUCUGGCGCCAGAAACUCCCCCCGGAAAUCUUCCGCCUCCUUCACCAUCACUAUUGGCUCCCUGCGGUGGUAUAGCUUCAGCUUCCCCUGCCGGGGGGAUCGUUCCUCCGCCACCACCAGUUCCAGUCAGGGGAGUCGGUCCUCCACCACCUCCACCGCCUCCUCCUCCGCCCGGUUCUAAAAGAUGAUGUCAUAUCAUGACCUAAAUAUGUCUAUGACGUAAGUAUAUGCUGUGCUAAAGGUUAUUGUACAUAGUAAUUUUGCUGUCUUCGAUCUGAAUAAUUCUGGUUUUAUGACAGUUCUAACACAUUGAUGUCUUUUUUAGUUUGUCUUUCAUCAAAACUUCAUCAACUCUUCCAAAGAAGAAAUCUACCAGAAAUAAAUUUUGUUAUAUAUACUUGUUCUUUCAUUGAAACUGUAAAUUUAAUAAAUGGUACAUUCUGUGUUUUCUCUGCUGUAUUAACUAAAAAUCAAGGGACGCCAAAAGAGUAGAAAUAAGAGUACAAAAUUACAAAAAUGAAAUUUCCGAAAAAAAUUUUAUUUUUGUCCAAUUACGUUUGUCUUGUUAAUUACAUUCUAAUUGGUAAUUAGCGUAAUUAAAAGACAUCAUAAGUUAGUUCUAAUUACCUUAGCAAUAAUGGACGCAACAUAAAAAUUUCAAAUGUCUUACAAAUGUUUCUUGGUCUUGAGUUUUCUAUGUGUUGUGGAAGUAUUACUGGCUGACCAAAAGCUUUGUAAUAAAUUGAAACCAUGCGGGGAUCGAGGUGUCUGUGACCGUUCCUCAGACGAAGCUUCGAAACACUUACUGACCAUCAAUUGUGUCUGUCGUUCUAACUACACUGGGCAAUGGUGCCAGUAUGUUGGUAAGAAAAAGUUUAGAAUAUAAAAGUUAAUGAUUUUAACGUUGUUUGUGAAAGUGUAUGGUGAAAGUUUACAAGUUUUAUUAAUUACUACAUUAAAAGAUUGUGGUACUAUGUGACUACUCACUUUCCAGCUAUUCAAAAACAGCACUGACACUCAAGGAAAGAUCAGAUUGAACCUCCACUCUUCGAGUGUGAGUGAGCUUUUAGAAUACAAGCGUUAAUGUCCAACAUCUCAAAUUACGAUAAACAAGUCUCUACAAUCAAGUUUUCUAAUAUUGCAUUGUUAUUUUUUCUUCAGAUGGCAAGUACCAGCGUGGACCAAAAGGUAUAUUACAUCACAAACAUAACUCUUUCUACACUCCUGUACAUAAUCUUAAAUCCUAGUUACCUUUGUUCUAUUCUAUUCCAUGCCUCUGUAAACUAUGACAGUAACAAGGCGUGCGAGAUCUCUAAAAUUGUGAGUUGGGUAUAACCAAACGUUCACAGUUGGUCUAUUGCCAGCCUUAACUUCACAUCAUUGUCUCGUGUGCACAAAAUUGAAUGAAGAGAAUGUCAAACUCUUCCUUAUUUAGGUAAAGUUCCAGGCAAACCUAAGAUUCUUACAGACACAAAGGUCCCAAACUACAAGAAAAAAUACACCUUGAAGUUCAAAGGAGUCAAAGACCCACCUGGUGGCAAAGUAUUGUACUACCUUCUCAGAUAUACAGACGUGACCACUCCUCAAGGAGAAUGGCGGUCUGUAGCUGUGGAAAACAAGGGCGGAGUUCAUAAACUGCUUCUUGAUAAGUUGGACUGGGGACAUAAAUACAAGUUGGAACUCUAUGCAGGAAAUACACAUGGUCUUGGCGAGCCUGACAAGAGGACAUUGAAGAGACCAAAAGGUUUGUGAAGUUUUCUGCUUUCAUUUCUUUCAUUUCUUAUUUUCUUCUCAGCGCAUGUCAGAAGAGUGUUUGUCUGUAACACUAGAACAAUGAAUAAUGAUCCUUACUGCACGUCUGCACCUCUUGAUAGAACAGUUUAGAACUGAUAGAGUUGUUUUAGUUUAGGUUUCCUCCUAUCCAGUAUAAAUAAAGUUAAUUUAGUUUAGGUUUCCUCCUGUAGUAACACUGGAUCAAUAAGAGAUGAUCCUUACUGGACCUCUAGGAAGAACAGUUUAGAACUGAUAGAGCUAUCCAGUAUAAAUAAAGUUAGUUUAGGUUUCCUCCUGUAGUAACACUGGAUCAAUAUGAGAUGACCUUGAGGGAAUGUGAAAAACAUGGAACUGACAUGGCCUAUCUUAUACAUUUUUACGCUUCAUUUCAUUCAUUUAACUGUUCAUAUUUUUACCCCAGUUUCUAAACCUAAAAUUGUGGACGUGAGUAAAGAUCUAACUGGUUCAAAUGCAGUCUGCUGUGGCAAGCCGAUCACACUCCAGUGCAAGGCCAAAGGACGACCCCAGCCCACCUAUUCAUGGCACCUUAACGGAAAAGCACUCCCUCGUGUAACUGACGGUACUCUUACAAUAUCUAAACCAUCGUACAAAAAACAUGAAGGGAAAUAUCAUUGUGUGGCAAGGAAUGUUCGGGGCAGUGUUCGCAGUCGACCUGUUCAAGUUGAAAUUCUAGGUAAACGUUAAUAAUUAAGUGGGUUUACUUUUGUGAUUUAAGGCAAAUGCCAUGGCGUCUGCCAAUUCCUCGUCACAUACUUAGCGUAGCUAUGUAUGCGAAGGCACUGACCGUUUCUGGGGGUCCGCCUUGACAGAUUUUUCAUGUUGCAAACACGUUUUGUUGACAAGUUGCGAGAAUUUUACGUAUGUAGCUGAUCACCAUGUCUCUCUUUGCAGUCAACGGAGGUUGGUCAACGUGGUCUUCCUGGAGUUCAUGUUCAACAACAUGUAAUGCUGGUUUACAGAUGCGUUCUAGGAAAUGUUCUAACCCCGUGCCAAAACAUGGUGGUAAGGAUUGCAAGGGAACUAAUACCGUGAAGAAAAAGUGCAUGAUGGUACCAUGCAAAGUUGAUGGUGGCUGGUCAGCCUGGUCUGAUUUCGGCGCAUGCUCAGUAAGCUGUGGUACUGGAGUAAAGUACAGUACGAGGAUGUGCAACAAUCCCAAGGCAGAACAUGGCGGGAAAGAAUGCGAGGGAAACAGUCAGAAAAAAACAAAAUGUGAUAUGCCACCUUGUAAAGGUAAAUAAUCACUCGAAAGGAACUUCGUGUCCUCUUGUUUUUCUGCCAUGUAUAACUAUUAUAAUCUAUUUGUAAUAAUUUAUACUGAAUUUAUAAAUUAAUAAAUAAAGACAGUGUAGCUUCUAACGAAUGAACAAACAAACGUAUCAACUAAGUACAGUACACAAAUGUGUAGCAAUCCCAGAGCAAAACAUGGUGCAAACGAAUGUGUGAAAAGCAAUCCAUAUUAUUAACUACCUGACCUACCAAACUAUCUACUUACCUACCAACCUAGGUGCCUGCCUGUCUACCUUGUAUAUAUGUUUAUUAAACUUCUAUUCCUUUUUCUCGCAGUCAACGGAGGUUGGUCCACUUGGUCUUCCUGGAGUUCAUGUUCAACAACAUGCAAUGCUGGUUCACAGAUGCGUUCUAGGAAAUGUUCUAACCCCGCGCCAAAACAUGGUGGUAAGGAUUGCCAUGGGACCAAUACCAUGACGAAAAAGUGCAUGAUGGUAUCAUGUAAAGUUGAUGGUGGCUGGUCAGCCUGGUCUGAUUUCGGCGCAUGCUCAGUAAGCUGUGGUACUGGAGUGAAGUACAGUACGAGGAUGUGUGACAAUCCCAAGGCAAAACAUGGCGGGAAAGAAUGCGAUGGAAACAGUCAGAAAAAAACAAAAUGUGAUAUGCCACCUUGUAAAGGUAAAUAACCAUUCGAAAGGGACUUCGUGUCCUCUUGUUUUUCUGCCAUGUAUAACUAUUAUAAUCUAUUUGUAAUCAUAAAAAUUGUAUUUAUAAAUUAAUAAAUAAAAACAGUGUAGCUUCUAACGAACGAACAAACAAACAAACAAACAAACAAACAAACAAACAAACAAACAAACAAACAAACAAACAAACAAACAAACAAACAAACAAACAAACAAACAAACAAACAAACAAACAAACAAACAAACAAACAAACAAACAAACAAACAAACAAACAAACAAACAAACAAACAAACAAACAAACAAACAAACAAACAAACAAACAAACAAACAAACAAACAAACAAACAAACAAACAAACAAACAAACAAACAAACAAACAAACAAACAAACAAACAAACAAACAAACAAACAAACUUACUAACUAACUAAGUACACAAAUGUGUAGCAAUCCCAGAGCAAAACAUGGUGCAAACGAAUGUGUGAAAAACAGUCCAUAUUAUUAACUACCUGACCUACCAAACUCUCUAUCUACUUACCAUAUAUGUUUAUUAAACUUCUAUUCCUUUUUCUCGCAGUCAACGGAGGUUGGUCCACUUGGUCUUCCUGGACUUCAUGUUCAACAACAUGCAAUGCUGGUUCACAGAUGCGUUCUAGGAACUGUUCUAACCCCGUGCCAAAACAUGGUGGUAAGGAUUGCAAGGGGACCAACACCAUGACGAAAAAGUGCAUGGUGGUACCAUGCAAAGUUGAUGGUGGCUGGUCAGCCUGGUCUGAUUUCGGCGCAUGCUCUGUAAGCUGUGGCACUGGAGUGAAAUACAAAACUAGAAUGUGUAACAAUCCCAUGGCAGAACAUGGUGGGAAAGAAUGCGAGGGAAACAGUCAAUACAGAACAAAAUGUGAUAUGCCACCCUGUAAAGGUAAAUAACCAUUCGAAAGAGAUUUCGUGUCCUCUUAUUUUUCUGCCAUGUUUAACUAUUAUAAUCUAUUUGUAAUAAUUUAUAUUGAAUUUAUAAAUAAAGACAGGGUAGCUACUAACGAAUAAACAAUCGAACAAACAAACUUAGCUUACUAAGUACACAAAUGUAUAGCAAUACCAGAGCAAAACAUGAUGGAAACGAAUGGGUGAGAAACAGUCCAUAUCAUUAACUGCCUGACCUACCAAACUCUCUAUCUACUUACUUACCUGCCUGUCUGACUGUCUGUCUACGUGGUAUAUAUGUUUAUAAAACAUCUAUCCUUUCUUUCUGACAGUCAACGGUGGUUGGUCAGUGUGGUCUCCCUGGACUCCAUGUUCAACUACUUGUAAUGCUGGUGUACAGUGGCGUGCUAGGGGCUGUACUGACCCCGUGCCAAAACAUGGUGGUAAUGAUUGCCAGGGGAACAGUACCAUGAUGAAAGAGUGCAUGAUGGUACCGUGCAAAGUUGAUGGUGGCUGGUCGUGCUGGUCUGAUUUCGGCGCAUGCUCAGUAAGCUGCGGUACUGGAGUGAAGUACAGAACUAGAAUCUGUAACAAUCCCAGGGCAGAACAUGGCGGGAAAGAAUGCGAAGGAAACAGUGAAUACAGAACACAAUGUGAUAUGCCACCUUGUAAAGGUAAAUAACCAUUGUAGCUACGAACGAACAAACAACCACGUUGGCCCUGGGGUUGACAGUAUUCUACAACUCAUCAAUUUUGAAUUUUUUAGUGCAUGGCGGAUGGUCACUUUGGGGCAAGUGGAGUUCUUGUUCAGUCACGUGUGAUUCUGGGACCAGAACUCGUGUACGAAGUUGUACCCGCCCGGAACCAGCACACGGUGGGAACAAGUGUCACGGAAAACAUGAAGUUCAGACGAAAUGCCAUCACAAGGGUUGCAAAGGUAAAAGGCCAAUUUUUAAAAUUUUCUCACUUUGGUAUUUCUGUAUAAAUAACCAAGGGCCCUGGUCUACCUAAUAUAGUCUGGCUCAUUCAACCAGGAAGUCCUGGUAACCAGGCAACAUUAAAAUAACCAGGAUAUUAAAGAAUGGUAAUAGCCUAUACAGGGUGUAUCAGAAAAAACUGAACAGAUUUGAAAUUGCUCUCAAUUUCGCAAAACACCUAUUUGUAUCCGGUUUUUUAUAUAUAUAGCUUCUUUGGGUACUUAUAAUGUAGAAUAAUGAAAAAAAAUUCUUGAACUCUAAUUUUGUGAACCAGGGGGGGUGUGUCUUUUCCAACAAACUAAAAAUGGCUCGCGCACAAAAUUUAAAAGUUGUAAUCAUAUUUUGAGUUAAUAGAUGGGAAAUCUGUCGGGUUUGUAAUUACUGUACAAAAUUUCAGACAAUUUGAUUUAGUUUAAGCCCUUUAACUAUUCACGCAAAGUUACAUUUUUCCUAAAAAUCAGCUUUUCGCAUGCUUAAUUAAUGCAUUUGCCUAAUUUGCAUAUGUCAGCAAUAUGCAAAUUAGGUAAAGGCAUUAAUUAAACAUGCGAAAAGCUGAUUUUUUAGAAUAAAAUAAAUAGUUAAAGGGCUUAAACUAAACCAAAUUGUCUGAAAUUUUGUACAGUAAUUAAAACCCCGACAAGGUUUCCAUCUAUAAACUCAAACUAUGAUUACAUCUUUUAAAUUUUGUGCGCGAGUCAUUUUUAGUUUGUUGGAAAAGACACACACCCCUGGUCCACAAAAUUUGAGUUUGAGAAUUUUUUUUCAUUAUUCUACAUUAUAAGUACCCAAAGAAGCUAUAUAUAUAAAAAAACGGAUACAAAUAGGUGUUUUGCGAAAUUGAGAGCAAUUUCAAAUCUGUUCAGUUUUUUUUGAUACACCCUGUAUAAUAGCUUUGUUUGUGUAUGGUUUGUGGAAACACCACGUAAAUUUAUUACUGCAAAGCUUUCGAUCCGUAAGCCCGGAUCUAUCGCCAUGCAAACUAACAAAGAAGUUAUUAUGGUAAUAUAACUCGCAGAUACCAAAGGUAAAGAAGACGUGAAAUCGGCGAAAAAGAACAGCGGCUCCAGCAGUAAUGCUAUGAUCUACACACUUGCCGGAGCAAUUGGCGGCCUUGUUUUCCUGGGAAUACUGUUCUGUGGCUACAGAGCUUGGUAGUAAGUUGAGAUUUCAUUUUUGUCAACAAAUCUUGUCUGGUAUUAGGCAGAAUAAGCUGGUAAAGUUACCAUCUGAUUUUCUGCAAUUGACUAUCAUGCAAAUCAGAUGAUCAAACUGAUUAUCAAUUUCCCGUUUGUAAUACAAAAUGACUGAAAAACGGCAAACUUCGCAAGGCUAUAUUAUCCGCAUUUUACAACAUUUCGCAACGAAACUUCGGAAUCAUUACUAAUUUUGUGAUGCUCUUUCAAGCUGUGAUGAAAUUUUUGUCUAGGCAUAUCUAGAUCAAAAUAUCACACUCAUAAGGGGAAAGGUCUAUAACCGCACUCAAUUUUCGGAUGUAAAACUUCAUGCCAUAAAAAUGUGUUUAUUUAUCUUUCAGCCUGAGAUCACAAAACAAGGACUACAUGCCAUUGACCAAAGUCAAAACUCAGCCAGUUGAACCGAGAUCAAGUGUGAAAAAUAAGCGUGGAAGCACCGCUCCAGACAGCUCUGAGCUUCCUUCGACCAAACGCAGUAGUGUUACGUCAGAUACCUCAGACGUUUUCUCUAAACUUGGACGUUUACCGCCUCCCCUACCCCCCUUACCAACAUCUCAACGACCUACUCGAGCCAAGCGACACCCGGGGGGGAAGACAAGACUAUCACCUGACUCUAAGAAAGAGAUCCCUAAAGACGGUACAGUUAGACUUGAUGAGACCGCAUUGGAACGUGGGAAGGCGAAGGAUAUGCCAGUACACAAGACCGCAAAAGAUUCUGGAUCACCUAAUGUUCCAAGUAAUCCCCUUGUGUCAUCAUUUACUCCUAAAGGUUCCACCUCAAGUGAUGUUUAUACUAUUGAAAAAGCCGUAUCGGAAAGCGGGAAAGUGAGGGAUGCACAGGUACAUAAGAUGGCAUCCUCCACUGUUCCUGAAGGAUCCCCAAAUGGUGUUAAAAUUGAUCUUCCGAAGGUUGGGAACGCUACGGAUAAUGAUGAACAAGAUGUAGUCAAACAAGAUUCGAGUUCUUUAUUUGUUCCUAAAAGACUAUCUGAGUCACCUACAGUCCCAUCUGGACCCUCAGUAGAGUCCAAGAGCAUGAUGGGAUCUGAGGAUGGAGGAUUGAUCGGGUUUGAGAACGCGAUCUUAAUGGAGACUGGUGAUGACCAGGUCAAUACGAAGAACGUGAUGAUACAAAAGAUUAAAUCAAAAAGGUACAAAAUAACUUGCUUUGUGUCUGGACUAAAAUAUUAAAUACUUCGAAAAAGUUGCUAAGUAAAAACUAUAAAUGAAUAUUAUAUUUUACUGGAUAUCUGUAACAGUUGUAAAUUGUUCACCUCCAGAGAUCCAGUAUGAGGCGUUCGUUAUAAAGUUCAAUGUUACUACAGGAGGAAACCUAAACUACACUAACCUUAUUUACUGGUUAGACCCUGGGAAGACCUGCCGUGUUUGGUAGAGUUAAACUGGAAACACUCUUCCCGUGCAUUUGAAGAGAAAAGUUGAACUUAGCAGGUCUCCAAAAUCUGUCACACACUUUGAUCAUAUAAUACAUGGCUUAUACAAUGCUUGCUAUUUCAUUUGUUUAAACGUGAUUUCACUUUUUUUUAUAGUGAAACAAAGAAAACCGAAGAUUGA